AUGGUCCCUUCUCGCUACUCGCCCGGGGCCGAUACAGAGUAUGGAGAUGCUAGGAGUGACUGCACCCAGAUCUCGUUGGAAACAGUCUCGCUCGAAUGGAGUCAGGGCGAGCGAGCAACAGGAGAGGAACCCAGCCCUGACACUGGAUCUGCCCUCGGAAUCGCUGCUCAGACACCUAUCGAUCCUGCAGCGCAGCGACGACGUUCCUCAGAGACGGUCAUCUUGUCCGAAGAAAGCGGAUCUUCUAGAUCAGAAAAAUUAGAAGCUUUUCUCAGUGGUCUGAGGAGGGCCCAGUUAGAGCAGGAGGAAUUGGAGAAAAGGAUGGAGAGCGACCGGCUCAACGAAGAGCUCAAUCUGCUCUAUCAUAAUCAAGCUUCACCGAGAGACUUGCUUCAAUCAGGUCGAACUCAGAAUUUGUCACUGCCGACCUCUGCUAACCAGCAAUCGGAAGCAACAUACAGAGAGACCGGGCACAUCGCAACAAAACCUGUCGACCCCAAUUGUCAAACGUCUACACAACCGCUUAUCGAAGUCAAGUUCUGGUCACUCGAGCGAGGUCAGUGGAUUCAAUCAGACUGUCUCCUCGUAGACCGGUUGGAUCCCUCACCUAUGGAGCGACUCGCACGGAAGUACUCAUGCAAAGGAUAUACACUCUACGAUGUGAACCUCAAGAGCCUUCGUCCAGCCCAUUGUUACCGCGCAGCAACAGCGGAUGAUACCAAUGCGAUAUUCUUGAUUUCCGCCCAUGAAGAGAAAAAUAUUGUGGCCACGGACGGAUUAAAGAAGGAGGAAAAACUGAUGUCCAUGUCCGCUCGCGUUGUGGGACGUGCAGGAGAGCCAUGA